GCCCUUGCGAUCCACCACCGCGGGCCUUCCGUCUCUGUCCGGCACAGGCCGACAACAGCAAGGCCAAGGACAACAGCAACAGCAACAACAGCAACAACAGCAGCAGCAACAGUCGUCGACGCGUCUAUUGUCGUCGGACAGCAACAGUAGCAAACAACAGCAGCUGCUGCACGACAUCGAGGAGGAAGACGACGACGACCAGCAGACGUUGCCGCCCACCGAAGACGAGUGUCUGCUGUCGGGUAGCUCGUGCUCGCUGACUGUCAGGAAGACGGCCAACAGCUCGUCGCCCACUUUCAACAACUCGGCGGCCGCUUCGGCGGUGUCUCUAAAGUUUCCCGCGUCCACCGCCGACCGGAAACGCAAGAAAAACUUGCGCACCAAAAGCGUGACGAGCACGACGAGCUCGGACACUUGCGGCAGUGGCGGAGCCGCUCCGGUCAAAAUGCAGGCCGAACAGGGCAGCAUAGGCGACCUGCAGAAGUACCACAAGUUCCUCAGAAACCGCCGCCACACUCUAGCUAACGUUCGCUUCGAUGUGGAAAAUGGAGCCGGCACGAGUCCCGGGAGAUCUCCACUGGACGGUGGGGGAACUUCCCCGUCCGCCGGUUUGGUGCUGCAGAACUUACCUCAGCGCCGGGAGUCGUUCCUGUACAGGUCCGACUCGGAUUUCGAGGUUUCGCCCAAGUCCAUGUCCAGGAACUCGUCCAUAGCAAGCGAAAGAUUAAAAGAGACUGAAGCCAUUUUGGAAAGAUCAACCCACGGCGAAGAUCUCAUUGUAACACCGUUCGCACAAAUAUUGGCAAGCCUGCGAAGUGUACGCAACAACUUCUUGAGCCUUACCAACGUGCCCACGCAAAAAUCUCGGAGAUCAUCCGGAACUGCGGGCAACAACACACCGCAAAACAGAGUCGUCAACCCCGGAGAUGACGCAUACCUCAAAAUGUCGAUUGAAACAAUUGAGGAAUUGGACUGGUGUUUGGAUCAGUUGGAAACCAUCCAGACGCACAGAUCUGUUUCAGAUAUGGCUUCGUCAAAGUUCAAACGAAUGCUUAACAAAGAGCUGAGUCACUUUUCCGAGUCAAGCAAAUCUGGAAAUCAAAUAUCCGAAUAUAUAUGCUCUACUUUUCUCGACAAACAACAGGAGCUGGAUAUCCCGUCGCUUCGCCAGGAAGACCUCCAGCAGGACGAGGCCCGGCAGGCUAAAGCGUUGGCGGCGGCGGCCGCGUCGUCGUGUUCUUCUUCUUCUGCGGGGCCGGCCAGCAGUUCUCAGCCGGCGGGGUCGCAGUCCAAGAAAAAAGACAACGUGGUCAAGUCCAAAGUAACGCCCAUGUCACACAUUUCCGGUGUGAAACGGGCAUUGUCGCACACUAACAGCUUUGCCGGAGAAAGACUACCCAAGUUCGGUGUGGACACAGUCAAGGAAGAAGAGCUCGGAUCCACGUUGGCCGAAAUCGACAAAUGGGGCAUCGACAUAUUCCGGAUAUCAGACCUGACCAACAACCGACCUUUGACCGCAAUCGCGUACACCGUUUUCCAGAACCGAGAACUCCUCAAGACGUUCAUGAUACCGGCCAAGACGUUCGUGACGUUCAUGAUGACCCUAGAGGACCAUUACGCCAAAGACAAUCCUUUCCACAACAGCACGCACGCCGCAGACGUUGUCCAGUCCACCAACGUUCUGUUGAACUCGCCUGCGCUGGAGAGCGUGUUUACGCCUCUGGAGAUCACGGCUGCCCUCUUCGCCGCCGCCAUACACGACGUCGACCAUCCCGGGCUGACCAAUCAGUUUCUCAUCAACUCAAGUUCCGAAUUGGCGCUCAUGUACAACGACGAGUCUGUACUGGAAAACCAUCAUCUGGCCGUGGCCUUUAAGCUUUUGCAAAACGAAGGAUGCGACAUAUUCCAAAAUGUCAGCAAAAAACAAAGGCAGACGCUCCGGAAAAUGGUUAUCGACAUGGUGCUAUCCACCGAUAUGUCCAAACACAUGAGUCUGUUGGCCGACCUAAAAACCAUGGUGGAAACGAAAAAAGUGGCCGGUUCGGGUGUACUGUUGUUGGACAAUUAUACAGACAGGAUACAAGUCUUACAGAAUUUAGUGCACUGCGCGGAUUUGAGUAAUCCCACCAAACCGCUGGAACUCUACAAGAGAUGGGUGGACCUUCUGAUGGAAGAGUUCUUCCAACAGGGUGACAAAGAGCGAGAACAAAACUUGGACAUCAGUCCGAUGUGCGACAGACACAGCGCCACAAUUGAGAAGUCACAAGUGGGAUUCAUCGACUACAUUGUACAUCCUCUCUGGGAAACUUGGGCCGAUCUGGUGCAUCCCGACGCCCAAGACAUACUGGACACACUCGAAGAAAACCGAGACUGGUAUCAAAGCAUGAUCCCGCCCAGUCCACCUGCCACCGAAUCGGCCGACGACCGCGACAGCGGCGACGACGAGUCCAAACCCGGCGGCGACCAGGACCCGAACAUCCGGUUCCACGUGACACUGGAAGAAGGCGACGAAGACUCGGUGGCGGCGAUGUGACGCAAACUGGUCGGCUGGUGUCGCAAACUGGGCGAAAAAGUCAACUACUGGUGGAAGACCAAAUGAACGACGAGUCCACGGCACGACCAACGACAACCCCCUUUUGUGGAGAGUCUCGUUGGACUUCAAAUAAUGCCACCCUCUCCCACACCCCCAAGCCUCCGACACAAGCAACCCCCUCGACCCUGAAAAAGUUAUAAUCGUUUGUGUUUGCGUGUUUGUGUUUCUAUAUGUGUUUGUACGUGUGAAAACAAUAAAAAUAAAAAAAAACCAUCUUUUUUUCUCUGUCUAAACUUGAUAACAAAAAAAAAAAAAACAUUAUAUAAGUCCUAUAUAAUUUUCAUCUUUUUAUUUUAUACUCGCCCGAAAAAAGGAUCGUUAAAAAAGCGGUGGUAUAUUCGUUAAUCUCAUUUACAUUGUAGAGUACGUGUUAUAUAAUAUCAUGAUGAUGAUCGAUAUGCGCAUAAUAUAAUAUGAAAAAAAAAAAAAACAUUACACGAAUAAAAUAUUAAAUCACUUUAUAUAUAUAUAUAUAUAUAAUAUAUAUGUAAUUUCGUUGUUAAAAAUUAUCAUACAUUUAAGUAACGUAUUAUUAAUUAAGUAUUAUAGUUUUGAGAAAGAGUGAGUGAGAAAAUGUUUUGUUUUAUCCUUUAUGUAUAAGCGCAGUGUUCUCUCGAUUUGAUUUUGAUUUGUUUUUUAAUAAUAUCCAUUAUCGUUCUGGUUUAUAGAUGUUGUUAUAAUAUUAUUAUCAAUCAAAAUAUAUUAUUAAAUAUAAAAAAUACACUAAAAAAUAAACGUUACGGUCGAUUAAAUUUGAAAAAAAGAUAUAUAAAUUAAUA